AUGGUGGCGGUGCAGGGGACGGUCGUCGCGGCCACGCCCAUCCACCCCGUGGCCACCUCCCUGGAGUUCAGGUGCCGAAAGUGCAACUCACGCACGCGCCUGCUCCAGCUGGAGACGGGGGUGAGGCAGCGGCCGGAGCACUGCGCGUCCCGAGCGUGCCGCGCUCGCUCCAUGGACCCAGUGGCAUCCAGCGCCCAGGCCGUGCUCUGGCGCUCCGUCUGGGUCAAGCCAGAGGGGUCCGACACGGCUGAGCUGGGCCUGCCUGGGCAGGCCAUCCAGGUGCACCUGGUGGGGGAACUGGCGGAGGUGGGCUGCCUGGGUCGGCGCAUUCAUGUUUCGGGCAUCGGUUUGGACGCAGUGGCCUCGAGCCUGGAGCCCAAGCAGCAGCUGCCCGCCGUCCUGUGCAAGGCGGUGACGCUGCUGGCCCUCGUCUCCGGCGCCCCUGCGCUGCUGGCAUCCCCCGCACCAGCCCCCGACACCCCCCCGAUUCAGCACUCCAAGCCCCUGAGCCUCCUCAUCGUGACAGACGCUGGCAUGGGGGUGAGCUCCCUGAUCGAAGCAGCAUCGGCUGCAGCGUGCUCCUCCCAGCACCUCGACUGCGGGCCCCACACCGUCCUGGGGCCGCAUGCCUUCCCGGGCGGCAAGGGCAUCGGCGCGGUGGCGGGCGGCGCUGCGGCCUCCGAGCCGGGACUUGUGUGUCUGGAGGCCGUCGAGCGGCUGCCGGCCAGGCAGCUCCAGGUGCUGCUGGGCCUGGUGAGCGGGAGCGCUGUGGGCGGCGCACCCCCUGCUCAGGGCCCGCCCACGUGCAUCCUGGCCACCACCACGCCGCCAGGAGGAAAGUACGAUGCCUCCCGCAGUCUCAUGGUAGGCGAGUCCGGGGCGGCCGCCAAGGCCUGCUUCCUCCAACUGCAGGCCGAGGUGCGGGGCGCCCCCGACCUUGCACCCAUGGGCUGGCACCACCUGCACCUGCUCCUGCGGCUGGGCGGCGCGGUGGCCGCCGCGUGCCUGGCCGGGCGGGCGGCCGGGGACCUGCUCUUUGCCAGCUUGUGCUGCGGCACGGCGACGGGGUGCCUGGAGCUGCAGAUCGCGGAGCUGGAGGGCAUUGCAGCCAGGGCUCGGGUGCAGGAGCCAGAGUUCCAUGGCUUCAUCGAGAGGCUGAACGACGGCGGGGACAUCCUGAAGAAGGGGCCAGGUCUGUACUCGUACAAUGGUCCGUUGGCGGUUUGA